AUUUUGAUCGUCUCGCAAAUCAGAGAGCGUAUGCGUCGCAAUCACGUGCAAGCGAAUCUAGCGCCGAACGCUUGCACCGCCUUGCUCAAAAUAGUGACAGAAUGUCACAAUCACGUGGAAGGGAAUCAAGCGCCGAACAUGCGCUUCGUCUUUCAGCACAAAAUACCCGAUCAUCACAACUACACGAACGACAAUCGAGUGCUGAACGUUCGCAACGCCUUGCAGAAAAUAGGGUUAGGAACUCGCAAACGCGUGCCAGGGAAUCUAGCGCCGAACGCUCGCAGCGACUAAUUGCACAAAAUACCCGAUCAUCACAACUACACGAACGACAAUCGAGUGCUGAACGUUCGCAACGCCUUGCAGAAAAUAGGGUUAGGAACUCGCAAACGCGUGCCAGGGAAUCUAGCGCCGAACGCUCGCAGCGACUAAUUGCACAAAAUACCCGAUCAUCACAACUACACGAACGACAAUCGAGUGCUGAACGUUCGCAACGCCUUGCAGAAAAUAGGGUUAGGAACUCGCAAACGCGUGCCAGGGAAUCUAGCGCCGAACGCUCGCAGCGACUAAUUGCACAAAAUACCCGAUCAUCACAACUACACGAACGACAAUCGAGUGCUGAACGUUCGCAACGCCUUGCAGAAAAUAGGGUUAGGAACUCGCAAACGCGUGCCAGGGAAUCUAGCGCCGAACGCUCGCAGCGACUAAUUGCACAAAAUACCCGAUCAUCACAACUACACGAACGACAAUCGAGUGCUGAACGCUCGCAGCGUCUUGCAGAAAAUAGAGUUAGGAACUCGCAAACACGUGCCAGGGAAUCUAGCGCCGAACGCUCGCAGCGACUUAUUGCACAGAGAGAAAGACAACAUUCUUUAACAAUUAGGACGCGUAAUAGAGUUUUAGCUCAUAGCAAUAGAUCGGCAUUCAGUUACGAUCCACAAAUUGAUUAUGCUCAUCAAAACAGCAUCCAAAUCGGAGCAAUGAAUAAGGUUUGCCCGCGAUGUUGUGCAAAAAAAUGGAAUGAUGAAGCGAACGGUAUGUGUUGCGCGUCUGGAAAAGUUAUUCUUCCUAAUAUAACAGAGCCACCAGAACCAAUAAAAAGCCUAUUGACUAAUAAUCACACACUUUCUGCGCAUUUUUUUAACAAUGCGCGUAGAUACAAUAGUCUUUUUCAGAUGACUUCGUUUGGGGCAAAAGAAAUUAGAGAGGGAAAUUUUAUGCCCACCUUUAAGGUAGAAGGACAAGUCUACCAUCUUAUAGGUAGCCUCUUACCACCAGCAGGACAAAACCCUCAAUUUCUGCAAAUAUAUUUUAUUUCAGAAGCUGACCAACUAUCUUUGCGAGCAAACAUGGCCCCUACGCUAAAAAUUGAUUUGAUUAACGAAUUGCAGACCGUAUUAAAUAGCCACAAUAUAUACGUACGAAGUUUCAAGCAUAGUAUCGAACUUAACAACCCGGAAAGUUUAAAACUAAUCAUUCACUCUGAUCGCACACCUCAGACAGAACACCAAGGCAGAUAUAACGCUCCUUCCAUAAAUGAAGUGGCCGUUCUGUUGGUCGACGAAGACAAAGGACCCAGGGAUAUUGUGCUGCAUGGUAGAGACGGACAACUAAAACGAGUGUCGGAAUUGCACCGCGCUUACGAUCCGUUACAAUAUCCACUUAUAUAUCCAAAGUACGACAAUCUGGAAGAAAAGCACUGGCGGUCGCGUCUUCUGGCAUUGCUGCAACUCUAUUAA